AUUUGUUGAAUUGGUGGUUAUAUAAAGUCCGGAAGUCUCUCCAAGUUUCUUCAUCCUUGUCUCCUCCAAAACUUAUACGUCGGGUAAGGUUUCCCAGCUAAAAAAAGAAAAAGAAAAAAACCUUACCCUUCCCGGCUUUCUAUUAUUCUGUUGAAUUUGUUGCAGAAUUCUCGAGCAAAGCAAAGUACAUUUAUGGUUGAAUUAGACGUUCAGAUCCCAACAGCUUUUGACCCCUUCUCCGAAGCCAAAGACGCGGAUGCCCCCGGAGCCAAGGAGUAUGUGCAUAUCAGGGUGCAGCAGAGAAAUGGAAAGAAGUGCCUGACGACAGUUCAAGGGCUGAAGAAAGACUUCAGCUACGGCAAGAUCCUCAAGGACCUCAAAAAGGAGUUCUGCUGCAACGGCAAUGUGGUUCAGGACAAAGAGCUAGGCAAGAUAAUUCAGCUCCAAGGCGAUCAACGCAAGAACGUGCUGCAGUUUCUCGUUCAGGCCAAGAUUGUUAAGAAGGAUCAGAUCAAGAUUCAUGGUUUCUGAGGACUUGGAGUCGUGCUCGAGUUUGUUACUGUUGUAUUAAGUUUGCGACGAGCUCCUCCUGGAACCUCCUGGAACCUCCUGGCUUGUUAAUUUGCUGGGGUUGUAAUAACAGAAUUGUCUAUAUUUUGUGGAAUUUAUAGACAUUUGAUGCAUGAUGCUGGUCUUUGUUAAUUUGCUUCCUUGUUUGUUGGUUGAUGAGGAUUUCAGUUCAAUUUUAUGGGAUUUCAUUGUUAAUCAA